AUGAGUAUUUCCCCCCCAAAGAAGCCACCGCCUCCCGAUGCUGACCCCACUAACGAGCCACCAACACCUGGGCCACGGCCUCCAGAGCCAUGCUGCGGCGGGAGUGUGGCCAUGGGCAGCGGUGAUUGUGAUCAUGACUCAGAUGUAGUGGGAGUCCGUCCUAAGGCUUCGCCACCACCUCAGGACCCGCCAUCAGGGCCACCGGGCGCUCUUCACUGCUGGACUCUGGCUGUACCAUCGGGUUCAGUGAUGGGUCCCUGGCCACAGCAGGCUUCUCCUCCUCCUUGUGGGGGCCCUGAUGGUUCUGGAAGUGUUCCUGGGGAUGAGCUGGGGGCAGCAGCAUUGGCUGUCAGUGUGGAAGGUGUGGUGGUAAGCAUGGGUGCUGCCAUGAGUGUGGUUGGCUGCUGCUCUGGGCUGGGGCAUAGUAAGCGGCUCCGUCAAGCUCCCGUAAUUGACACUGUUGGUGAAGGCAGUUCUGAGGAAGAGGAGGUUGGCACAGGUUACAAUAGUGAGGACGAGUAUGAAGCAGCUGCUGCACGCAUUGAGGCAAUGGACCCUGCUACCGUUGAGGAGCAGGAGCUCUGGUUUGAAAAGGCCCUACUAGAGAAGAAGGGCUUCAUCAUCAAGCAGAUGAAAGAGGAUGGUGCCUGUCUUUUCCGGGCUGUAGCUGAUCAGGUCUAUGGAGACCAGGAAAUGCAUGAGGUGGUGCGAAAGCACUGCAUGGAUUAUCUGAUGAAGAAUGCUGACUACUUCUCCAACUAUGUCACCGAAGACUUCACCACCUACAUUAAUAGGAAGCGGAAGAACGACUGCCAUGGCAACCACAUUGAGAUGCAGGCCAUGGCAGAGAUGUACAACCGUCCGGUGGAGGUGUACCAAUACAACACAGAGCCUAUCAACACAUUACAUGGGAUAUAUCAAAACGAGGAAGAACCCAUUCGUGUAAGCUAUCAUCAGAAUAUCCACUAUAAUUCAGUGGUGAAUCCUAACAAGGCCACCAUCGGUGUAGGGCUAGGCCUGCCAUCAUUCAAAACAGGGUUUGCAAACCAUUCCCUGAUGAAGAAUGCCAUAAAAACUGCAGAGGAAUCCUGGAUUGAACAGCAGAUGCUCGGCGACAAGAAACAGGCUGCAGACUGGGAGGCCACAAACGCGGCCAUUGAGGAACAAGUGGCUCGGGAAUCCUACCUCCAGUGGCUGCGGGAUCAAGAGAAACAGUCUCGCCAGGUUCCAGGCCUCAGCCAGCUCCGAAAAGCCAGUGCUACAUGCAGUUCGGCCACAGAAGCAGCCACCAGUGACCUGGAUGAGUGGACCAGCCAGUCCGCGAUACAGCAGAGUGCAGCCUCUUCGCCAGAGCACCCUGAACUGCAUGCUGAUCUGGGCAUCAAGCCCCUUUCCCCGGGCACUGUUUUAGCUCUUGCCAAACCUCCUUCGCCCUGUGCACUCGGUCUGAAUGACUGGGAUGAUGAUGAGAUCCUAGCAUCGGUUCUGGCAGUGUCCGAACAAGAAUACUUAGAGAGUAUGAAGAAAAACAAAGUGCUCUGA